UAAACUCAUCGUCCCAUAUCUCCCAUCAGAUGUUCUAGCUAGCUAGCUUUAUUUAUUAUAUUAUUAAUAUUUUCUAAUUUCUUGCUUCAUAAUAGUUGUUUCCUUCUUGAGACAAUGGCACUGAAUGGUAAGCUUAGUACUGAAAUUGUGAUCCAUGCACCUGCUGGAAAGUUCUUUAAUCUUGUAACAAAAUUUCUCCACGAUGUCCAAAAUAUUUGUGAAAGAGUGCAUCACACCAAGCUGCAUCAGGGUGAGGAUUGGACUUAUGUUAUAGAUGGUAAAGUAACUACAUGCAAGGAGACAAUUGAAUCCAUUGAUGAGAAUAACAAGACAGUCAAAUUCAAUCUCUUUGAUGGAGACAUAAGUCAACAGUAUAAAGUCUUGAAGGUCACCGCUCAAGAGAUUGAUAACAGCAAUGGAAGUGUUUCAGCUAAAUGGACACUUGAAUAUGAGAAAAUUAAUGAUAAUGUCGAAGCUCCUUAUGGUUACUUGGAAUUGUAUGACAAAAAUACUAAAGAGAUGGAUGCUCAUCUUCUCAAGGCAUAAUAAUUACUAAAAGAAAAUUAGAAGCACGUUAUAUAAAUUGUUGGAAUUUAAUAAGGGGCAGGUUUUCGGGACUGUUUUGGAAGUAGUUAAGUCUUUAUAUAAAUUAAAUAAGAGUAAUGUUAUGUGUAUAUUAAAAUCAGCUAUCAAAGUUAGCCAUCAGUAUAAAAAAUAUAUGUUGAAUAUAAAUAUAUAUUGAAAAUAAAUUAAACUACAUAUAUAUUUAUAUAUAAAUAUAUUGAUGGCUGAUUUUAGUAACUGAUUUUAGUGUAUAAAUAAUAUUUUUUAUUAAAUAAUAAGUGUGAACUUGGGUGAAGAAUAGAAUAAGGAAGUAUGUUUUCAAAUUCCAACCUUACAUGUAUGUUUAUCCUUCGUUUGAAUGGAUUGAACUAUUGUACGUACAGUAUGUAUGUAUGUAUGUAUAUGUAUGUAUGUACAGUCAUAGUUAAUGAUUUCUUUUGUUGGAUGCGUUU